AUUAUAUAUUAAAAAAAGUAGAUAUCAUUAUUAAUAGAUAUCUUUAGAUAUAGAUGUCUUCUAAGGAAUAUUUCACAUUACAAUUUUAUAAUGAUUUGGACUCCAAAGUUGAUGCAGAAAAGGUUCCUGUUUGUAAAGGAAAAUCACUCAAAGAGUCUGCUGAAAUAUAUCUAUCAAAAAGAAAUCUUAGCUUCAACACCCAUUCAGUAUUUUUGGAAUCAUCAAAAACACCACUCCCUCUCUCUUUUGAUACAUUUCAUUUUGGUGGAAAUAUUCUUCAUGUAAAAGCCAACCAAGAAAUGCAAGUAGAUGAAAGAAUUAUUAUGUUGAUGAAAGCAUCAGAAGAUAAAUUCCAGGUGGGACCCAGACACAAAAAAUCUGAAGAUAAUAAUGCUCAAAAUGGCAAAUCUUCAUUCACUCCAAAAUUAAAUCGCAAAGUCUUGCAAAGCAAAGAUUUUUCCAACAGUCUUAAGGAUGUUAUUCAUAAUAUAUCUGAUAUGCUAGCCCAACAGGCAAAAGACAAUUUAGAUAAUGGUGAUAAUAAUGAUUCAGAAUUUGACAAUGAGGUGUUCUUAGAAGAUUCAUGGACAGACGUUAUUACUGAAGUAUCUGAACUUUCACAAGAGUGUAGAAUUCAACAAGAAGCAAUAUGGGAAUUGCUAAUGACAGAAAAAAACUAUAUUCGUAAAAUUCGUCUUAUUAUAAAAGUUUUUCAAAAAUAUCUGGUGAAUUUGCAGGAAAGUGGUAUUUUAACAGAGGUUGAUCCAAACAAGUUAUUUAGUAAUAUUUUAGAAGUAUAUGAAGCAAAUAUGGUUUUCUGGACAAAACAUCUAAACUUAGUGGUGAAAGAUGUUCGUAGAACUAAACAAACAAUCAACCCCUUGCAGUUGCUUGAUUCAUUCUCAAAUUUUGAAGAAAUUUUUAAUCCAUAUAUUCAUUAUUGUAUGGAAGAAGCAAACUGUGUAAAGUAUUUGAAAUUAUUGAGAAGAAAAAAUGAAUUUUUUGUUGAAUACCUUUUAUGGUGUGAAAACAGUUCUCAAUGUAUGCGUUUAAAACUUGCUGACCUUUUAGUAAAGCCAAUGCAGCGAAUAACAAAGUACAAUCUUCUUCUUAAAGUUAUUUUGAAAAAAACUCGCAAUGAAAAAGAAUGUUUAGCUAUAGAAAAAGUAAUUGCACAAGUUGAGCAAUUUGUUGGAAAAAUUAAUGCAGCAAUGCGGUUGCAGCAAGAAGAACAAAAGCUCAAUGCUGUUCUUGACAAGUUAGAGCUUUAUUUACCUAUUGAAUCAGUAACAGAUGAAGUUGAGAAACAUGUUGCUGAGUACUGUAAAUUUGACUUACGUGCUCCUAUCCCAGGAUUAGCAGCUCACGAGAAAAGAUUUCUUUUAUAUGAUGGUCCAAUGAAGAUUGUUGAAAAGAACGGGAGGAUUGAUGUACAAGCGUUUCUUUUCACUGAUGUACUUAUUAUGACAAAACCAAAAAGAGGUGGAGAAAAAUAUCGUAUAGUUCGUCAACCAUAUUGUUUAAGCAAAGUUGUUUUACAUGUCCUUGCUGGCUCUUUGCUGUUUGUUUAUCUAAAUGAGUAUGGUGUUAUGUCUACUGCAUUUACAUUGCUUUUAAAUCCUAAUGAACAGAGCAAAUGGAUUGAAGCUAUAGAUAAGGCUAAGAUAUUUUAUGAAAAAGCACGAAAGGAAAACGGUUCAACAUCUGAUUUCUUGAACAAUGAUAUUGCACUUCCAACUUUAAAAAGGGAAAGCUUUUCACAGGCUGCAUCAUCUAUUUUGAUUCAUAGAAAUUUUUUGGAUUUAAAUGAAAUAGCAUAAUUAUGCUAAUUUUAAUUUUUUUAUUAAAUGUUUAAAAGCAAUAUUUAUAGUCAUCUUUUUACUCAAAUCCUUGAUUAAAAAUUUGACUCGGAAAAAUGAUUCUCUGCAACCUCCUAAACUUUAUAUUAUCAACUUUUUUCUUGCUCAUUAACCUGUUUUUCUUGUCCAUUCCCACUUUAUUGGUUUUAAUUCGGUCAUGUAUUCUAAAGCAUUCAAAGUUAAAAAACCUCAUAACCAUCCCCCCUCCUAUUUGAUUCACUAUCGGCAUUAAAUGCAAUUUAUAACAAGUUUAAUUUAUUAUAGAUUUUUUAUUGUAUGCAGAAUUUUGAUACGGAUUAUUAAUAAUAUAAUUUUUAUUAAAUUAAUGUUAAAAUACUAUUUGUAUAACUAAAUAUAAAUACGU